AUGCUUGUCGUAGAAGCCAUUAAACCAGAAAGAAUUGUUAAAAAAACUGAAGUUUUAAACUUUUUAGAUAAAAUCUUUCAAAAUGAAAGUGGAAAAAUUUUCAGUGAUGCGAUGGAAUUAAUCAGAGAAAAUAAUGCUAUUGAUGAAAAUUCAAAUAUUGCGCUCCAAGAAAAUUCAAAUAUUGCGCAAUUGGCAUUUAACAAUAUUUUAGAAACAAGAAUAAGUCUUGAACUUAAUCAAAAUUCUUCAAAGUCAUUCGAAAUUAAAUUUAUAGAAACUAGUAAUAUUUUUAAGGUUUAUUGUAAUGUUAAGAAUUUCUUUUUAAUUCCCCAUCUUGAACUCCUUAAGAAAGUUUCCCACGAAGAUAUUCUUGGUCCUUUAUUUGAAUUUUAUUUACCUGAUUUAUUUGAAUGGCUUACGGCUAUUAAAAAAAUCCAUGAUAAUAUUGUAAAGGAAGGUAAUUCUGUUAUAAUGACAAAUGAAUUUAGAAAUUGUAUUGAAGACCUUUAUUAUAAAUUGGAAGAUGAAGGAAUGUUUCAAAGAGUAGAAAUGUUGAGAUUAGAAACUUUUAAAAACAAUAAUACGAAAAAAUAUAAAACAGAUAAGAAUCAAAAGAAAAAUGAUUUUUAUGAAGAUACCGCAACUGAUGACAAGGAAUUAUCUCAAGCUAACAAACGAAAUCCAGGAAUCUAG